AUGAGCGAGGUUAUGAAGGCGCCUUGUGUGCAAAAAGACAAGUCUCUUAAGCAACGUAAAUUGAUGAGAAAGGUGGUAAUUGAUGAUAGUGAUAGUGAUUUGUUGGAUGAAAUGUUGGAAGAAGUUAGCGAAGGGGAAUAUGGAGAGGAACGAAGAAGGUGCCAGAGACGAGAAACGCGAUGCGAUGAAACGAGUCCACGGAAAAUGACUGCUAUUUCGGUGCACUCAGUUUUGGACGAUGGCUCACAUAAAAAUUUCCACAUAAUGUGCCUCGUUUGUCACAGCAAAACCACAUGCUCAGAUACGAAUUGUUCCCUCCCAGCAUAUUACAUAUGUGAUAAAUGUAUGGACUGUGAGAAGGAGCAUACUAGGGAGAUUGACGCCAAGUUGCUCAAUAGUAACGUCACCCAACAAUUCCAUUCACUAUCGAAUGACGACUUGACAGCUUCUGAUCAUACGUGUACUGCUUGCAAGUGCCAGAUUUGUACUCGUCGACGGGAAGCGAUAGUGGAACGUAACCAUGAACUUUCAAUGCUGCAAGUUUGUUGGAAGGACUUGCGACAGAAUGUUCGGCAAAUGUUUCGUGAGGGUCUUGAUGCAACAAUGACCUCGUUGAAGGGCAAAAAGUUUAACGUCGAAAGAAUCAAGCGAAACGUUUCAAUACUCGCCGAAAGAGAUCCUCAUCAGUUAUAUAAGCGGUUAGAGAGUAUUGGACAUGAAUAUGUGAUGAAUUUAAAAUCGGAUGAUUUAUGGCAAAUUUUGGUUGCUCCUCAAAUUGUUCCAGCUCUUAUUAAGCUGUUUGAAUCGGGUGCUAGCAAGGAGAAAAUGGAAUUGGAAAGGGUGAAGCUAUUCAUUAGGACAUUGCUGGAUCGUUUCUCUUGUCAACAAGAAACUGUUAGGAAUAUGUCACCUCUGCUUUCACCAUUGGAUGAGGAGUAUUUAUCGCAGUUUGGUAUCAGUUGGAAGAUAUUGAAUCAUCAUAUUUUUGAUUGUGUGAUUUAUCAAGAUGAUCUGCUAAUAAAUUUUAUACCAAGCAUGGAAAAGAUGUUAAAGUGUCCAUUGAUAUUAUCAGAUGAAAGUGAUGAACAACGCAAGGAACGUGAACGUCGUGAGACAUCGUCAACGGAUAUUCCUUUAGGUGCAUUAGAAUUAGCACAAAGCUUUCGUGUUUUUCAUAAAUUAAUGAUUACCAGUCGUGAAAUUUUUAAAAAAGCGAACGCUCAAAUCACCCUCAUUUCUCAACAACAAACCAUUAUUAAUUAUGUAAAUUUUUUCAUUCAUUUCAUCGCAAAUAAAGCGAAAGGUGAAUUGUUAGAAGAAGAUUUGGAAUUUUUUAAGAGUCAGCGACGUAUGAUACGUAAUUGUACGUCGAAACGACAUUUUCGUCGUUUAGGCGACUUAUUGACGAAAGGCGACGAUACUGAUCAAUGUUCAAUGGGCAAUGAUAAUGAUGAUGGUACUGACUCGGAGGCGGAUGCUGCUGAAUUUACGAAGCGAUUGCAUGAAAUUGUCGAUGAAGGAAGAACGGCUUCGAUCUGUAUUGACGAAAAUGGAAAAGUGGCACCAUCAAUGGAAUGUAAAGAUUGUUCGAUGAGACAUUGUUCUUGUGAUGAAUGUCGUAUAUCGCAUAUAAUCAUUUGUGGUCUUCUUUCGCAAGAUGAUGAUUUGACAACCACACUCAUUUGGAGUCAGUCAUCGACGGAUAUAUCCGAGAAUGAAGAAGACAAUAACGCACAGCAAGAAUCAGCAGAAAAGAAUCAGCCGAACAGUAGCACUUCAUCAUCAGAUCAGGUUGCCGCUGCUGAACAUAAGCCCAUCAAUCGUUCAUUGCGUUUUCAAGUGGCGAAGGCAUUGUUUGCUUUACACGAUCCCAACAAUAGGAAGGAAAUAGCGUGGGGCGAUUGGGAAAUACCGUAUGAUUUGUCACAUGAUGUCGAAUAUGAUGAGCAUUGUUUGAAUGACAAGAAGGAUGUCGAUGAUUCGAAAGAUGCUAAUCAAACUGGUUCGUUCUUCGAUUCGUUGCUUGAUGAAAAUUCGAAACUCUGUGAAAAUGACGGUUUCGUAGAAGAGAGUGAGGCAAUUGUGGCUGCAAUAAAGGAUGUUGCUAAGCAAAUUGGAUAUGAUAUUCAAGAGACCGUCAUUGGUCAGGCGAGGACGAGAAGGUUUCUUUUUUUUUUUUGGGAUUUCUACGAUCUAACGAAAUUUGGUUUCGAUUUGAAUCGAGAGUUGAAAGCGCAAAUAAAAACCCAUUUAAGCACUCUUUUCAAAUCGAAAACUUCGAAUGCGAAUGAAAACAACAACAAAGAAGCGGAAAAGAAUUUGACAGGAGGCGAAACGAAACCAGUGGAAAAGUGUAAGACUGUGGAAAAAAUAAGUGAGCCUCCGCAGACGUCGUCGAGUUCAGCAAAAGCUGAUCAGUCAUCAAAGACGACGAUAAGCAACGGUAACAAUAGCCACAAAGUUGCAAGCAACAGAUGUAAAGCAAAGAAGCUAGCGAAAACAAGCACAGAUGUGUGCAGCACUGAGGAAGAAGAAACUGAAUCGGACUCUGAAUGUUCGUCUCCGUCUCUGGCCGGCACUGCUGAUUGGUCGCAAAUCAAACUGGUCAACGAUGCUGUUCUUGAUAGUAAAACAUUAGAGCAGUACUGCACGAAGUCGCCAUUGUCAGAAGCAGAUCGACGGAUGCUGAAAGAAGCUUUAUCAAAGAAGCAAACUAUUGGCGGCUUGGCGUUGGACCUAUUCGGAAAGAAAGCACUGGAAAGGCCGCAAUCAACCACAAAAACACAGUCAAUACCUUCUGUAACGAAAAUCAUACGAAAACUUAAAGCAACUGCCGAUAAAUGUGAUGGUAUUGCUAGUAAUGUUAUUGCUAUAACUCCAAAGCCGUUGGCUGCAUCCGCCAAAGAGAGAUUACUAUUGCAAAUGAAGGAGGCAGAAAAGAGAGCUAAGGAGCAAUUAAUCAAAAAUCCAUCGAAGACUUAUGACGGUGAACAGUGGACUACAAACGAUGGCUUCAAGGUUCCAUCAGUUGGUAAAGUGAAAAAAUGUGCUGCAAAGGAAUGGUCCAAAUUGGAAGAUGUCUAUAAUAAUAAGGCAGAUGUAAAGGCAAAUGCACAUGAUUACACCAGGAACUGCAAACGUAUCGACAAUAAGGCAGGCGAGCAAUCUUUAAAAUCUGUCACGAACAAAAAAAUGUCAACAGGAAACAAAUGUGCAAAGGAAUCAACACUACAAACAAAUUGUGUUAGUGGAGCACAAAAAGAAGCCCGUACUGCUACUCGUGCAGAUAAAGAGAAGACGGAUAAAAUGCGCGUGAAACAAAAUACUCUAAAACAGUGCAACAGUUCAAAGGCAGUUAUUGACAGCUGUAAAAUGCAGCAAUCGGCCACGGAUAAAAAGGAUUUCGAAACAAGUCCACAAAAGACAAUCGAUCCGAGUUCGUUGUCGAAGACACUUGAUUUCAACGUUGAUCUCAAUGAGUUCGGCCUACAUUCAUUAUCAACUGAAAUGGCUAAAAAAUUAGGUGAAGGUGGUAAAUGGAACAAAUUAAUCGCGCAGGCUGUCGGAGUAGGCGUUAACAAAAUGGCUCUCUCAGGAAAACUGGAAUAUAAAUGUGAAAAUAUGAAAGUACCAAGUAAUUGUGAAUCAAAAGAAGAAGUAAUUGGAUGUCAUUCGGAUAAUGAUAUCGAUGGUUUUAUUGAUGAUGAUGAAGAUGGGGACGAUGAAGAUGAAGAGAAACCAACCGAACGGACUGCAUCAGGUUCUCGAAGAGAUACUCGUGGACAUUGUGACUGCUGCUACUGUGAAAUGUUCGGACAUACAGCUACAGAAUCGGCGAAAGCCGGACGUGUUCCUCAGAUCAGGGAAAGGUUGAGGCUCAAACUGAAACGCCGUAACGGUCAAGAGGCCAAGUCAGAAUCACAAUCGAAGAAUCGUUCGAGUUGCGCAGACAAACAAAAUUCGUUCAAAAGCGAUGAUAAAACGGAAACGAAGUCAGAAGAAACGAGAACAAACGUUGACCUGAAACCUGUGACGGUCGCGGAUGCACCGAUCGACGAGAUCCUUGAUUACAUUAACGAAAAGGAUAAUGCAUUGGCACAGGCAGCCGCCACUAAAGCAGCAAAACGUGCUAGACAGAAGCAACGCAAGCAAGAAGAGAAAGAAAGAUUGGAAUUGGAACGAAAAAAGCAAGAGGAAUCAAGAAAAGCGCAGGAAGCUGAGGCGUUACGUAUGAAGAAGGAAAAGCAAGCUGCGCAGCAGGCAGCACGACGUGAGAAGGCGCUGAAGGCAGAGGAGAGAAGACGAAAGGCUGCAGAGGAUCGUGCUCGUGCACAAAAGCGUCAGAAAGAAUUGUUACGGCAACAACAACUCGCAAAAGAACAAAAACGAGCACAUAAAUUGCAAGCAGAACGAGAAGCGAUUGUAAAGAAGGAAGUGACUGACAAGACAACACCUGUUGAUGGUGAAUGGCAAGAGCAAUCCGUAAGUGAACGACACCAUGAACAAAGACAACUGGAAACAAUGUCUCAAAGGACGUGCUUACAAAAGCAACCGAAUGAUCAACUCUCGAAGAAAUCGCACUCGAUCUCAUCCAGUCCACUGCCAAAUACUCAUGACAAUCGUCCGCCAUCUGCACCCUCGGCCGUAACUCUCCCACAAACACCGCUUCAACGUCCACUCACCUCUUUCUCUGAAUUCAAACAAAAAACUGCUUCUUCUUUUGCCUCAUCAUCACACCAACCCAGUCGAUCUCCCCUUCAAAACGCGUCAUCGUUGUCAUCAAAAGCAAAUGUUGUUACGCCUACUACUACCGUGUCGUAUAUGAAACAACUUAAAACACACAGCACCCCGUUAAAAUCAAGCACUCUUCCAUUAUCAGCUGAUAAUGCUCAAUUUGAUUUGCCACCAUCCGUGUCUGUUGAUGGACACAAUCGAUAUUCACCAUCAACAAUUCAAUAUCAUCGCAAUCAGCAAUCUCAUUUGAAUCAUUUUCAUAACCAACCGUUGAAAAACAGUUUGAAUAUGCAAUUUAACUCAGACAUUAAUUCAAGUCAGCAGUUAUCUGCUGACUUCGAUUGUUCACUAUUUAAUCCUACUGCUGUGUUGCGUUCUUGCGGCCCAAUAUCAUCAGCACCAUCGCAGUGCACAUCAAAGAUCUAUGAAGGCAGUUUCGCUGCGACUACUUUAUUGAAUCAGAUGCAAUCAGAUGCGUUCGAUGCGAGAUCAACGAACAACACCACUAGUCUACUUCAAACGAAUAACGUUAUAGCAACACCACAACUUAGUCCAAUGCAUUACUACAAUGAUGAUAAUAUCAAUAGUUUUAACAACACAAUACCAUGUUUCGCAACAACUUCAUCACAGUCAACUAUUCAACCUUCGCUAAAUCAAACAGCGUUAUUUGUGAACAAUACUGCAGCCGAUAUGCAUACGAAUGUAGCUGGUCAACGUCACCAAUAUCAACCAUCAUAUUCAAAUAAUUUCUCAUCGGAUGGAUUCUUCUCAAUCUUAAAUAAUAAUAACAAAUGCAUGGAGACACCGUGUUCAUCGAGUUCAUCUCCAUCUCCAUCCUCCUCAUCAAUUUGUUCAAUUUCUGCACAAUCAUUCGAUAGGCUACCACCGUAUAAUGGUGCACCAAUAGGUGCUAAAACGUUCGGAUGCACCACAACUACUGCAAACACAAUAAGUCAAGGAGGAAUAAGGAACUGUUCCGAGAGGAAUGUUUUACGUUUAGGUGCUGAUUGUAGUAGUGGUGAGUGUUCGUCGUUAGCACACAACAUCAGCAAUAACGCGUCAUCACGAUCGAAGCCGUCAGUUAAUCAAGACUCGUAUUGGUCAAGCACAUCGUCACUUUUUCAAAAUAAUCAUCCAUUCCCCAUAAUAACACAAUCAUUGAUCAAUCCUCAAUCAACGGCUACCAAGAAUGCUUCGCAUUUGACGAACGACCAAAAAAUGAAUGUUGGAGCAGACCCACUGGGUGCAGCAAUGAAGUGUUGCGAAACAUUACCGAAUCGUACUCCAUUUAUGACUACCUCAACAACAGCGGUUCCUGCUGCCAAUCCGUUGGCAACGUAUGAAUCAGAAACGAAAAUGUUGGCUGCAGUUGUUGAACAAGAGAGUGCAUUCAUUCCUGUUCCACAAAAUCCAAUCAUUUUCGAACCGAGCGAUCCACGUCUCGCAGCUGCGGUUGCAUCGAUGAAGUUCGAUCCACAUGAAACGUUCAAACCUAGACCAGAAACUGAGUUACAGUUUCUCGAUCCAUUCGAACAAGAAAUUGAACAUUUCAAACGAGUAAUGUGGGUGGAAAAAGAAAGGAGUGCGAAUCGGGCACGUGCGCCGUUAUGUGAAUUGCAUAAACUUGAACCCGAAAACGAAGAGAAUGCAGUAUUUCACUUCGAUCCGCUUGUGUGA